AUGAUGCGGACAUCAGUAAAUCGGUAUGUAGUGACCAGACCCCUCUACACAGAGGAUGCUUUUAUAAAGGAGCAUGAGAAGGUCCACCGGCAGCACAAGACCAUGCUGGACCAUAUUAAGCAAUACUUAACAUGUGAUGGUAAACGGGUAAGGAAUGCCCUGCUGUCUUUGCUGCCCAUCAUUGCCUGGAUGAAAAUCUACAGACUCAAAGAGUGGCUGCUGGGUGAUGUAGUAUCUGGGGUCAGCACUGGACUGGUGGCUGUUUUGCAAGGGUUAGCAUAUAGUUUGCUGGCAUCUCUCCCUGCUUGGUAUGGGUUAUAUGCUGCUUUUUUCCCAGUGAUCAUCUACUUUUUCUUGGGGACUUCUCGACAUAUUUCAGUGGGAGCAUUCCCUGUCUUGAGUCUGAUGAUAGGGGUUGUGGUGAACAGAAUGGUUCCUGAGAAUGGUCCUCCAGCCAACAUCACAGCCUUUGAGGGGCUAACAAUGAACGAGCAGAGAGCCAUAGUGGCUGCCUCAUUAACUUUCCUCAUUGGCAUUUUCCAGCUGGCCAUGGGAUUGCUGCAGGUGGGCUUCAUAGUCAUUUACCUGUCAGAUACUCUGAUAUCUGGGUUCACCACAGCUGCUGCAGCACACAUCCUGGUGUCACAGCUCAAGUUCAUUUUUGGGCUUCACGUACAAGGCUUCAGUGGACCACUCUCCGUAAUAUAUAUUCUGGAGGGGGUCUUUGGCCAGAUCACUUCCACAAAUCUUCAUGACCUAGUCACAUCCAUUGUGGUGAUGGUUGUAGUGUUAACUGUGAAGGAGCUCAAUGAAAGAUUCAAGUCCAAGCUUCCUGUGCCUAUCCCAAUAGAGGUCAUUAUGACUGUCAUAGCAUGCGGCGUCUCCUAUGCCUUCAGUUUCAAAGAAUAUUAUGGCGUGGAUGUUGUGGGAAGAAUACCAGAUCAAUUUGAGGCCCCCAUGGCCCCUGAUCUUCAGGUAUUUCGGGAGACCUCAGUGGACGCUUUCCCUAUGGCCAUAGUGGGCUUCGCAGUAGCUUUCGCCGUAGCAAAAGUCUACUCCAUCAAACAUGACUAUGUUAUUGACGGAAAUCAGGAGCUUAUUGCUUUUGGGGCAAGUAACAUCUUUGGUGGAGCUUUUAGAUCUCUGGCAGCCAGUACAGCUCUUUCCAGGAGCUCAGUGCAAGAGAGCACAGGGGGGAAAACACAGGUUGCUGGUGUUCUCUCUGCCAUGAUUGUCCUUGUAGUAAUCCUGGCAUUAGGAUUCUUGCUAGAGCCAUUACCAAAGUCAGUGCUGGGGGCCGUAGUGAUAGUGAAUCUGAAGGGGAUGCUGAUGCAGGUGUGUCACGUUCCUUCUCUGUGGAAGAAGGAUCGGCCUGACUGUGUUGUCUGGAUAGUGACCUGUGUGGCCUCCAUUUUGCUGGGCCUGGAUCUUGGCCUAGCUGUAGGACUUGGAGCAGAACUGAUUGCUGUGGUCUUUAGGACUCAGUGCCCACGCUGCUGUGUCCUGGCAAACAUCGCUGGAACGGAUAUUUACAGGGACCGCAAGGACUAUACCAGUAUAUAUGAACCAGAGGGUGUGAAGAUUUUUAGAAUCCCUUCACCGAUCUUCUUUGCAAAUAUUGAUUUCUUAAGAGGCAAGCUGAUUGAUGCUGUGGGCUUCAAUCCACUGAGAGUACUGAGGAAGAGAAAUAAAGCCCUGAGGAAAAUCAGGAAACUCUUAAAGAAAGGGGAACUAACACUCAUGUCUAAAGGCCUACAGGUGAUGGGCUCUUUGUCUGCUGAAGACUCCGAGGAUGAGAGCAGCAUAGAGGACUUGGACCUGCCUACAGACUUCUCCGACCUUCCUGUUCAGGUGAACUGGAGAGCUGAACUUCCUGCAAACAUCUCAGUACCUCCAGUGGACAUUCACAGUUUGGUCCUGGAUUUCUCUGCUGUCUCCUUCAUCGAUAUCACAGCGCUCAAUGGCCUCAAAAUGGCCUUGAAGGAGUUCAUCCGUGUUGAUGUUGAGGUUUACAUUGUGGCUUGUGACCCAUACGUAUUUGAGAAACUGAAGAGCUGUGAGUUUUUUGAUGACGAGAUUAAGACGUCGAUCUUCUUUCUGACCCUCCACGAUGCAAUGCUACACAUCCUUCAGAUCAAUCCACCCCUGAGUGUGAGUGAAAAGGUGAGGGAUUCUGAAUACUUUGUAGAUCCGGUGGUCCAAAAGAACACAACUGGUCAUCUAACCAUAUAA